GAAAAUUUCGGCAUGUUAAGAUAUUAGACAACAGUUCCUAAAAAGUGGUUCAAAGGACUGCUAUAUACAGUAUUCACUUUGAAGUGCGGUGUUCAUAAGAAAAGAAAAAAAACCAAUAAGUAUGGGUUACGAAGAAGGGGAAGAAUCAACAGUUCCUUAUGAGCAGUUACAAGGAGACAAUUUCGAAGAUGAGGAUUUAGAAAGUGGUUCUCAUCGUUCUCAGCAGCAUCCUCGUCACGGUUCCAGUUCUUAUCAGCAGCACGUCGUCGGUGACGAAAACACCAUCAAUCCAGAAGCUCCAUCGGCAACAACAGUGAUGGAACAUGAGCUAGACGCGGAUAAGAUCGUUUCGGCGUCGGACGACUCAAGCAGGGAGACAACAACUGCGCAAACUUCGCUAGUUCAGCACAGCCAGUCGGAGGACCUGGGGCAACCACCUGUUGUUACGAUGGGAGCUAAAUCGAACCGACCGGGUUCUCAGCAGCAGCAGCAGAGGCUGCUCAGCAAACGACUGAUGAUGGUCAACGUUCUGGCCAACUUUCUCAUGUUUGCCAUCGCCGGGUUUAUCACCUAUCACUGUUUCAACAAGGCCACGGUGCUGUUUUCGUGGCAUCCGUCUUUCAUGAGUGUUGGGUACCUCAUCCUGAUGUCCCAGGCUGUACUCACGCUAUCCGGAGCAAACAUUCUCACCUACAAGAAACACCACAAAACGCGCGUCUUCAUCCACUGGCUGCUUCAGGCGCUGGCCGGCAUUCUGAUCACCGUGGCCUUCGUAUGCAUCGUGCUCAACAAGAUCCGCAUGGACAAGCCACACUUUCAAACGUGGCACGGCCUGCUAGGGCUGAUAACCGUGAUCCUCACGUUGGCUUCGAUCGGGGGAGGAGUUUUCACCAAGUACGGCUUCCAGCUGCGGCACCUGAUGCGACCUAUCUAUUCGAAGAUCGUGCACGGCAUUGCGGGAACGAUAACUUAUGUGAUGGGUUCGGUGACCAUCGGAUUCGGUAUCUAUUCUCGCUGGUUCCAGGAGGACAACGAUAGUCAGACGCGAUUGGCGUUGCUUUUGGGACUGAUUGCCGUUAGCUUGUACAUCAUCAUAAACCCGAUAGCGGCCACGAUUAGCAGAACUAAAACUGCCUUGCGAUCGGCGCUAUGAUCGUUUUUUCGUUCUGCUACCAAUUAAAUCCUCUUGAAUGCAAACUUUUUUUUAAAAUCUAUAUUUACAACGCAUGUUAUUAUAAAUUAAGGCUUGUUCGGCAUCUAAGAAAUAUAUUUAGGUAUUUUUACCACAAAACAAUAAA